AUGGAGCAUCAACAUGACCACGAACGUACCAUUGAAGUCCCUGUCAACACUCAACUCCAAGAAUCCUGGGACAAUACGUUAAAGCGCAUUCUUUCAUUCAUUCAGUGCAUCGACAAGUGCAAUCUCGAUUCACAAUAUCAUUCAAUACACCGCGCUAGCGCUCAAGAUUAUGUGGGAGAUGACCCCAAACCUGAAUGGGCGAGCCAGCUUAAACAAACUUUCUAUUCCUGGCAACAAAUUCUACAAUCUCAGACUCCUAAAAAGAUAGGACAGUUCACAGACGAAUUCGACGAACCUGAACCACCUACCAAAGCUGUCUACCCAAAUCACAAUCACAAGGACACUGCAAUGCUAAGUAGUCCUACAAAGCCAAAGAAAAGGAAACCGGAGCUUCUCGACUUGCCGUGUGAGGUUUUUGAGCAUAUUUUCGAAUAUACUGUAGGCUCUUAUGAGUUAAAAGGAUAUCUCCUAAGGAUGUGUCGCCGCACCAAAUAUCGUCAAAUCAACUCAACACAGUUGAUCCUCUAUAAGCCCCGGGCCUGGGCCGACUUAAAGGUUCUUCAGGUCUGUCGCGCGUUCCGGAAUCUAGCCAUUUCAUACUAUGGGUUUCCCCAGGAGAAUAACUUUCCUUUCAGCCCAUGGUUGGACACCAUAGUCAUUCAGGGCGAGAAGUUAAAUUACUUAAAGCCUUCCGCCGGUGUUGCUUAUUACCCAAAUCUCCGCUUGCAGGAUUGGAACGACGAUGACCACUGGCUUUAUUACGAUGGAGUCUAUAAAAUCAACGAGGAUGUGUGUGAUGUGAAGCCGUGGAGCAAGGUCACAAAAAUAUCAAAUGAGUGCCUACGCAGACCGACUGAGAUCACCAUGGAUAUUUACGAUGGCACCGCAUAUAAGUUACACUGGAAACAUAUUUGGCAUUUCCUCGGCCGCAUGUUCACCAAUACAACGUGCUUGAGAUUCAAUAUUAGCCAGGUAGACUGCUGCGCCCUUAAGAAGCUGGAUGGAUUUCAGGACCAAGGUCUGGAGAAGUACUUGUGUCACGACAUAACAGUUUUUUAUGGAUUAGGAUUGGCGAUAGAAGAAUCUCCACCGAACCGUCUUUUCCCCAAGCUAGAGAGUCUAAAGCUGUCGAGGGUCGCGGAUUAUUGCACAGGUACAUGGUCACCGGAAACCCGGGUAACCAGGCUGCUGCUUGGGAUAAAGUUGGCGUAUUUCGCUGGCAAGAUAAGUUCCCAGUCGUAA